AUUACGGGAAAUAACUGUUCAUUCUCCCCACCUCCUUCCUGAUAUCACAGUCUUCAGAAAAAGAGGAUCUGCAUCUGGAAAUCAGAAUAAAAAUAAUCAGGCAGGGAAGCAUGGUGUAGUGCGUCUGGGAGUGUCGGUCUGGUCGCAUGGAGUCCUGCCUGGGUGCUGUACCCAGAAAGGCUGGCCUUUAUAGCUGGGAGCCAUUUCACGGGGCUUUCUUUCCCUGUCAUCUUCCAGAAACAGCCCGGGGUUUCGGAGGUAGAAGAUGCCCCGUACUGGCCUGCACCCAUCCAUCCCGAGGCCCAGGGGCAUGGGGGCCCAGAAGGCGGCUUUGGUCCUGUUGGCAGUCUGCCUGGCAGCCCUUUGGAGGCUGGGGGAGUCCCCGGACCAUACUCUCCGAUGGCUGGUGCUCCACCUGGCCUCCCUGCAGCUGGGACUGCUGUUCACGGGGGUCUGCCAUCUGACUGAGGAGCUGUGUCACCUCCACUCCAGGUACCAGGGCAGCUACUGGAGAGCUACAAAGGCUUGCCUGGGCAGCCCCGUUCGCAGUGGGGCCCUGCUGCUGCUCUCCUGUUAUUUCUACAGCACCCUCCCCAGCACAGACCUGCCCUUCACUUGGAUGCUUGCCCUCCUGGGCCUCUCACAGGCAUUGAACAUCCUCCUGGACCUCCAGGGCCUAGCCCCAGCUGAGGUCUCUGCAGUCUGUGAAAAAAAGAAUUUCAACGUGGCCCAUGGGCUGGCAUGGUCAUAUUACAUUGGGUACCUGCGGCUGAUCCUGCCAGGGCUCCCGGCCCGGGUACUCACAUGCAAUCAGCUGCACAACAACAUACUACGGGGCACAGGGAGCCAUCGGCUGCACAUCCUUUUCCCACUGGACUGUGGAGUGCCUGAUGACAUGAGUGUGGCCGACCCCAACAUUCGCUUCCUGUAUGAGCUGCCCCAGCAAAGCGCUGACCGCGCUGGCAUCAAGGGCCGGGUUUACACCAACAGCGUCUAUGCGCUUCUGGAAAACGGGCAACAGGCAGGCAUCUGUGUUCUGGAGUACGCCACCCCCUUGCAGACCCUUUUUGCCAUGUCACAGGAUGGCCGAGCUGGCUUUAGCCGGGAGGAUCGGCUUGAGCAGGCCAAACUCUUCUGCCGAAUACUUGAAGACAUCCUGGCAGACACCCCUGAGUGUCAGAACAACUGCCGCCUCAUUGUCUACCAGGAACCCGAAGAGGGAAGCAACUUCUCCCUGUCACAGGAGAUUCUCCGGCACCUUCGGCAAGAGGAAAGGGAGGUCACUGUGGGCAGUGUGGGGACCUCAAUGGUACGCAAUCCCUCUGUGCUGUCCCAAGAGCCCAAUCUCCUCAUCAGUGGCAUGGAACAGCCUCUCCCACUCCGUACAGAUGUCUUCUGAAGCCCAGGGUUACCUGGUCUGCACUCCCAAUGCUCCCCAAGAUUCUGGAUUCCCAAGACUCCGGAUUGAGGAGCUUUCUUCAGCAGCUGAAUGGCCAGAAGAACCAUUUCUUCCCACAAGGACCCUCUCAGAGAUGGUCCCUGAACUUAACAUCUCAAGAUGAAUCCUAUGACCUUGGGCAAGUUAUUUUGCCUCUCUGAACCUCAGUGUGCUCAUCUAUGAAAUAGGAUUAUAAUCAUUGCCCUACCUACUUCACAGGGUUGUUGUGAGGACUAUGACUGUCUGGAACUUUUUUGUAAACUCUAAAUGCCAGGUAAACUUAAGGGACACAUCAGGUGUCUUCCACUGGACCUUCUAGACUGUCUCUCUAUCCCUCUCUGCCUCCUCUUCCCUGGGAUGGUAUCACCAGGGUCCCUUGCUCUCUGGAUUCUGUUCAUGCUCAAUCCAUGAGGAGCCCCACUAGGAGAACAGAGGGAAGGAGGAGGGUGAUAUAGGGGUAGUUACUCCCCCAGAUCCCUCCCUGCAGUAUCAAGAUCACUAUGGGCUCUCUGCAUCUUUGACCUAAAGUCAUGGCUCUGCCAUGCUCUCAGUAGCCCUGUCUAUCCCCAGGUU